AUGGCAGGAGUCGAGGCUACAGAGCCUGCACAAGUCGAUAUUAACCAAACUGGCCGCGACACAGCAGAAGGAUAUGACAAGAAAUGUAUUUUCUGCAAGAUUGUGAACAAUGAAAUGGGCACGGAGCUUCUUCACUGUGAUGAGGACAUUUCCUGUUUCAGAGACAUCAAACCUGGAGCGCCCCACCAUUACCUGGUUGUCCCAACCAAACAUGUUGGGAACUGUAAAUCCCUCAGCAAAGAGCACGUGCCUCUGGUGAAGCGCAUGGUUGACAAAGGGAAGGAGAUCCUGCAAAAAAACAACAUAACAGACCUCAGUGAUGUCAGGUUAGGUUUCCAUUGGCCCCCAUUCUGUUCUGUCACACACCUACACCUUCAUGUCCUGGCACCUGAAAGUCAGAUGGGCUUCAUGUCCCGCCUCUUCUACAGACUCAACUCCUAUUGGUUUAUCACAGCAGACCAGCUGAUUGAGCAUCUGAACUCAAAAGGAGAGACUAACUGAUGGCAUGCAGUUCAUCCAUUUCUUUCAACAGUGACAAGGUGACUAAGACAUCAACUCCUUGCAGAUGCCUUUUGGAUGACUUCAGCACAUGACGUUGCUGUCACAAUAUUUUAAACUGGUGAAACAUUUGUCAUGAAACAACAUUUGAUUUCUUUUUAGUAUCAGACUUGAAGUGAAAGCUUGAAUGAAGCCAGUUGUUUCUCGAUACUGUACUUUGAGCCAUGUCACAGAAAGGUUCUAAGAUCACAAAUCACAAGUAAACAGUUUUUAAUGAUUUUACAGAAAAGGUGAAUUUAAUCCCCAUCAUAUUUUGCACAAUAAAAUAAAGCUGAUUUAAUUUAUGGACCAAGUAUCAUACAAUGACAUUCAAAUCACUAAAGAAAAUUUUGAAGGCGUUGACUGAUUGAUGAUUGUAUUACUCUGCAUAGCCAUUAUUUCAUCAUCAACAACUCCUCAAAGAUUCACAGGCUGUUUAAUUUCCUGACAUGCAGGACUACUUUAGAGUUUUGCACAUCUGAUUGUAUUCAUGUAACAAAAAGUACUGUAAUUAAAACACUAUAAGAAAACGCAUUUAUAUAAUUCCUAUUCUGACAUGAUAAAAUAGACCUCUCCAAUGAUGACCUCCACUACGUUGAAUUUUUACAGUGUAGCUGACAUGGGUCAAAGCACUGAGUAACAUCCUCAUUAACUAUUAACAAGGCUUCUUCAUAGUGGAAGCACCUGAGUAAUCCGCUGACACUGAAAGUUAAGUACGUGGGGUAUUUGUUGAUACAUGCUUAACUCAUAUUUGAUUACAUCCACUGUGUAAAAGUCAAUUAAGAACUAAGUGGAUGGUGCAUGAAGAAGGUACUUGAUAUAUAUUAAUGGAAUGUAAAGAUAUGAAAUCAUACUAUAUCUGCUGUAUAAAAGUGGUUGCAUUGUAAGAAAUGUUAAUUUAAAUAAAUAAUAUAUUGCUGCUAUGAUUUUAUUAGUCACAUUGACUUAC